AAGGCCGAGGAUGGCAGAGUCCGGGUCCCUGCCCACCGGCUUCAGGGAGCUGGAGGUGCUGGCCGUGGGGACGGUGCUGCUGGUGGAAGCUCUCGCCGGUCUCAGCCUCAAUAGCCUGACCAUCCUCUCUUUCUGCAAGACCCCGGAACUGCGGACUCCCAGCCACCUGCUGGUGCUGAGCUUGGCAGUGGCGGACAGCGGGCUCAGCCUGAAUGCUCUCGUUGCAGCCACUUCCAGCCUCCUCCGAUGUCUCCACAGGCGCUGGCCCUACGGCUCGGAAGGCUGCCAAGCCCAUGGCUUCCAGGGCUUUGUGACGGCGCUGGCCAGCAUCUGCAGCAGCGCGGCCAUCGCCUGGGGACGCUAUCACCACUACUGCACCCGCAGCCGACUGGCGUGGAACACGGCCGUCUUCUUGGUGUUCUUCGUGUGGCUGUCUUCUACCUUCUGGGCGGCCCUGCCCCUCUUGGGCUGGGGCCACUAUGACUAUGAGCCGCUGGGGACGUGCUGCACCCUGGACUAUUCCAAGGGGGACAGGAACUUCACCAGCUUCCUCCUCACCAUGGCCUUUUUCAACCUCCUCCUGCCCCUCCUCAUCACACUCACAUCCUACCGGCUCAUGGAGCAGAAGCUCGGGAAGACCGGCCAGCUCCAGGUGAACACCACGCUGCCAGCCAGGACCCUGCUGCUCUGCUGGGGCCCCUAUGCCCUCCUGUAUCUGUAUGCGACCGUCGCAGAUGCCACCUCCAUCUCCCCCAAGCUUCGGAUGGUACCGGCCCUCGUCGCCAAGACGGUGCCCACGAUCAACGCCGUCAACUACGCCCUCGGCAGUGAGAUGCUCCACAGAGGGAUCUGGCAGUGCCUCUCGCCCCAGAAAAGUGAGCGGGACCGAGCCCAGUGACAUCUUCCUGGGGCUGCUCAGACCCAGGCCCAUCCCUCCACCCUGGAUGGAACCCCACACCAGGAGGCUGCCCCGGGAGUCCUGCCCCGCAGCCUCCGAAGCCAAGCUCCAGACCCUCAUCACCAUCUCCAAUGGCCCUGGUGAGCCUGGCCCCAGGCUGGACACUGGAUUCAGAGAGAAACCAGGCUGCACGGAAGGAGCGGGGACGUUGGAGCAGACGCGCCUGAGUGUUGGUCCUAGACCUCCACAGAGGCUGAGAGAUCUUGGAAAGUCACUCUCUCUGACCCCCAACAUAAGGAGAGGAAUAUGGGCUGUUGUGGGUCUUGCACAAGAUAUUGUGCACUCGCCACGCACAUAGAAGCCGUUCAUUAAAACAGAGCUGUUAGGACUCGGGGUCUGACAUAGGAAGGGGUGAAAGCCCCAGGUUGGCUUGUUCAAACGCCGCUUAUUAAAUCGUGAUCUGGUGCCAGUGA